GUACGAACUCUAUAUAAACAGAGCCCCAUAUCUCAUCUUCCAUCACCAACAAUCUCUCUAACCAUUUGCACACAACACAUCUCCAAACCCAAAGCUUCUUUGCCUGAAACUACACAUCCAAUGGCAUCACAAAUUGAGAACCACCGCUCCGGUGCUGAGGUCGUCAAUGGAGAUGCCAUCUGCAGGAAGAGGUCCAUUGAGCUGCUGGGAGAGCUCGGUCUCCCUAAGGGCCUCCUGCCAUUGGAGGACAUCGAGGAGUUCGGCUACAACCGGGACACUGGAUUCAUGUGGCUGGUGCAGAAGAAGAAGAAGAUCGAGCACACCUUCAAGAAGAUCAAGCAGACUGUGUCUUAUGCCCGUGAGGUCACGGCGUUCGUCGAGAAGGGGAAGCUGAAGAAGAUCACCGGCGUGAAGACCAAGGAGCUGCUGCUCUGGCUCAGCGUCGUCGAGGUCUACCUCGCCGAUGCCUCGCCGGAGAAGGUCACCUUCAAGACGGGAACUGGGCUCUCUGACACCUUCGAUGCCGCUGCUUUUGCCCUCGGGGAGUAAGAACUUAGGUCAGCUAUAAUAAGCUGGAGUAAGAAAUGAUGACAAGACUCAUAAUAUUAAUUAUGUAAAAAGGCUUAAAGCCACUAUCUUACAUCUACCAUCUUUUUGUAUUCAAUUGCAAACAUAUAUGAGUAUAUUCCUGUAUCUAUUCAUGUUUUAAAAAACCACUGUUUUGCACAAGACCCUAGUCAACUUGGUUAAUGAA